AUGAAGGCCGUCGAUCCAGUUAACGUUCCGUCUUCAUCUGCAGUACAGGUUGUUGGAUCAGACGGCUUUGUUCAAGUCAGAAAGCGAGACUUGGAAAGAUUGGAGGCAGAAGUCAGGACUCUACGAGAACUUAUGCCAAAAGUAAUCAAUAGUGACUUGAUUGAUACUAUCCAUGAAGAACGGUCUCUGGACGCAUUUCAAGAACUCUGUGAUCGUGAGCAGCAAGAAAGAGAGAAUUGUCUACAUAUUCAAACCAGACUAGAUGCUGCCCUGAAUGAGUGUCAGAAUGAGAAACAGGAGAAGCUGGUUCUUAAGCAGCAGUUAUGGGAAUGCAGAGGACAGCUUCAGCAGCAGAAAGACUUUUGUACUGAGCUGGGUGCUUCAUGUUGCACGUUGCUGUGGAGUGCAUCUCAGAAGGAGGAAGCCAUCAGAGACAUAUUGGCUAAUGGUAAACUGGAGGACUUUCUGAGCAUAGCUGGUCAAACAUUGGAGACUUUUAUCAAGCUUCUGGUUGAUGAGGCAAAGCCACAACAGAGUGACAACUCACACGAGCAUAAUUUUGUUCUGGCAUUGGCUGGUGUUGUUACCAAUAUAGCUGCUGUAUCAUGUGGACGUGACUUCCUAUCCUCUUCUGCCCACAUUCUCUUGGGUACUAUGUUGCAGCUGCUGGGCCUAAUGAAACCAGGAGUAUUUCCAAAACUCAAAGUGCUGAUGUUAAUGGCUCUCUAUAACACCACUAUCAAUGUAAAUGGACUGAAAUUCAUUAGUGAGAGGCCUGAACUUCUUCCUCUUAUGUGCCACCUUCUGGAAGACCCUGAUCCAGAAGUGUGCCUGCAGUCAUUGAGGCUCCUUCAGUCUUUAAUACUGGAAAGAGAAAUCAUGCCUGGCAUGGCUACUGACUUUCGACGCUCUUUCCCCCUCAGUCGUAUCAACCAUCUAGUUUCAAGCUGCCAUCCCACUCUCAAACAAACAGCCCAGGAGACACUGGAAGAUCUGGUUAGUUUUACAAACUCCCAAACUACAUUCACAGAGAAGGAGCAGUGUUUGGAUUAAAAAGGGCAGUCUAGGUUUAAUUUAGACUCUAUGGGUCUAGAUUAGAUUACUUGUCCAUGCCAUGACAGUUGCCCAUGUUCCUGGUGUAAUCAACCAAAGAAACCUAAUAAGGGAUUUUCAACAAAACUGAAGCAAUUUUAAGCUUCUUUUGUUGACAAAUAACCAGUUUUCAAUCUACUUAUAUUGUAUAAAGUCUUUUCCAUGUUGGUACAUUAUCUUUCAGGUUAUACACAAAAAGUUUUUUUUUUCUUUAAUCUGAUAAUCAGAUAAGUUCAUCUGUACAUCUUAAAAAACUUUACUUUAAAUUGCAUAAUACUGUUGUGUAUAUAAUAUUGGUGAAAUUAGGUAAUUCUUUCGAAAUAAAGCUAAGGUCAUAAAACAUUUUAUGAGACAUGAACAUAGGGUCUUUGAUAGAGAAGACAAAAAAUUAUACCAUUGAUUUUUGAUAAGAUACUUUUUUACUAUGGUGAAAGUAGGUAUCUCUAGUCCCCUUGUCAGUACAGAUUUUAUCACUACAAAUAGAGGCUAUAUUUGUAAAAAUGUUCAUACUUGCGCAAAAAUGAAUAAAUAAUUAAAACAACCAAACUACUGCUAA